AUAAUAGCCUCAUCUCUCUCUUUCCUCUUCACUCGUCCCGUUGUGCGUGUCUGCGUGGAGAUAUUGUGAAAAAUUACCAUUAUGUCCUCGCCGGAGCGUGCCAUUAUCAAUCUAUUGCUUGACCUCGCUCUCUCCUUCGACGGCGCAGUCCUCGGACUAACUUUAGCUAUCAGCGCCGUCGGUUCUGCUAUCAAGUGUGCAUCUACCAACGCCGCCUUGAACAAGAUCAAAGAUGCACCCGAUGUCUCCGUCGCUGACCUCCUAUCGCUGCUUCCGGCGUCUGAAGACAAAUCCGAGACUAACGACCACGGGACCAGCCCUGAUCAGCGGCUCGUUGUGGUUCGCGGAUUCGUCAGACCGAAGAUUUCCGGUGACGACAACGUGUUAAUCUCGUCGGAGACUGGAGAUAAAGCUCUUAUCAUCCAGAGAACGCAAACGAAGGGAAAUGUAUGUUUUGAGGACAAGUUGAAGCCUUUACUAAUGUCUAUCAAUUUUGUUUACAGUAUGUGUAUAGUGGAUGGAAAAGAUUGUUCCACUCGACUGCCCAAACAAGGAGUUGAUUUUAUGAGAAAGGUCCCAUUUGUCAUUGUUGGAAAUGAUCAACAGUCGCAGUCUAGUUAUCUCUUUGUUAAUAUGGACGGUUCAAGGCAACCACUUCCGCUUACCACUGUGUAUAAUCGUUUGCAGCCUAUUAAUACUUCGUUUCUUCAAGCCUUUUUGUUCCCCGAGUAUCCUGUCGGUCUGCUUGAUGUAGAGAAGAUUUUACCACCUUGGAAAGAUAUAACAGCUGUUGGCAUCUGCAGUUUUAAGAAUGGAGUUCCUGAAAUCAAAUCGUGCGAAGAUCUUCCUUACUUCUUAUCAGAGAUGACCAAGGACCAGAUGAUAGAGGAACUUAUGGAUCAGACCGGCUUAAUAUUCUUAGGCAGUGUUAUCUUGGGCAUUGUGUCUGUUGGCAUCCUUAGCUAUGCUGCUGUCAGGACCUGGAAUAGAUGGAAACUACGGAACCAUCAGAGAGAGCUGUCACAGAGACCAAGUGAACCCAUAGUCGAUGAUGAACCCGAGGAUGCAGAGGAAAUCCCAGAUGGACAAUUGUGUGUGAUCUGCGUGACAAGAAGAAGAGUACCUGCGUUUAUUCCCUGUGGACAUGUAGUAUGCUGCAGGCUAUGUGCUUCAACCGUUGAGCGAGAGUUAAACCCUAAGUGUCCAGUUUGUCUUCAGAGCAUUAGGGGAUCUAUGCGUGUAUAUUACUCAUAAUGACUCUGAAUCUUUUCUCAUUGUAUCUAAAUAGGGUAAUGCACUUUGUCCUCAAGAGAAUCCGAAAUUUUCAAUUAACAAAAUAGUUUGACAA